CUUCAACGAAUGACGAUGACAGAUCCCAGCGGCAACAAACAGCUGGAGCAAUUCUCACAUGCCCUGCAUGAGCUUUUAAGCACUGCAAAUCCCGGCAAGAAUCUCAUCUACUCACCGCUGUCCAUACAAAUGUGCGUGGCCAUGGUGCGCAUGGGCGCGGAGGAGGGCACAGCCACUGCCAGGGAACUGGAUGAGGGACUGCGGCUGAGUAGCAGCAAUGUGGACAAGAUUGCCGAUGGCUUUGAGGCUGCACUCUCCUCCCUUCGUAAAUGCAGGGCCCUGAAGCUGGCCAACAGAUUGUUCAUCCAAAAGAAUUGCAAGCCCAAUCAGCGUUUUGCCAGCUUGCUAGAGAAGAAGUUCCACUCGAAGCCGCAGAUCCUGGACUUUGGUAGCAGCUCAGCUGCUGACAGCAUCAACAGUUGGGUGGAGCAGGAGACCAACAAGCUCAUCCAGAACAUUGUCAGCCCGGCAGCCUUGAACGACGGCACUCGCCUGGUGCUGGUCAAUGCCAUUUACUUCAAGGGCGUUUGGUCUAUUAAAUUCGAUGAGGAGGACACGCAGCAGGAGGAUUUCUUCCCAGAGCAGGGCAAACCCUUCAAGGUGUCCAUGAUGAAGGUUGUGCAUAAUUUUCUGUACGCAGAACUGCCCCAACUGGGUGCCACGGCCAUCAAAAUGUUGUACACAGACUGCGAUCUGUGCAUGAUUAUUAUUUUGCCCAACGAGAAUGCGGGUCUGAAGAGUGUGGAGCAGCGGCUGGCGAGCUCUUCCUUACAGGUCAUCGCUGGGCAAAUGUCGCGCACCAAAGUGGAUGUCAGGCUGCCAAAGUUUCGAGUGGAGUUCGAGCAGGAGUUGUCUUCAGCCUUUAAAAAGCUGGGCAUAAAGCGCAUAUUCAGCGACGAAGCGGAGCUGGGACAGCUGCUGGAAUCCCAGGCGGCCAUAAAGGUCUCCCAAAUAUUGCACAAAGCUUUCAUAGACGUCAACGAAGUGGGCACGGAGGCAGCCGCCGCAACGGCUGCCGUUGUGUCUCUGCGUAGCUUGCCCGUAACGCCAGUGGAUCGACCAAAGCUCUUUCACGCCAACAGACCGUUCUACUAUGCGAUUUGUGAUCGCCGUCAGGGAAUACUCUUUGUGGGACGAUUUACGGCUGGCGGGGCAAUGACAAACAUUUGUGGAGCUUGCUGGCUGCUCUCGUUGCUCUUCCUCACCCUCUCCCAAGUCCCGUGCGUCGUGCCGGUUCAGGCCACCAGUGACGUCACCAUGACGCAGCCCACAGAAACGGAAUUCUCACGCCGGCUGGCCAUCUUCUCGCUCAAUGUGUACCAGAAGUUGUCGCUGCUGAAGCCAGGCCAGAAUGUGGUCUUCUCCCCCUUCUCCAUACAAACAUGCGCGGCCAUGGCCCGCAUGGGUGCCGACGGAGAGACAGCCGCCGAGCUGGACCGCGGCCUGGGACUGGUCUCCAGUGACGCGGCAAAGAUAGCCCAAAGUUUCCAUCAAGUGCUGGCUGCCUACGAGAACAGCCCGAUCCUGCACAUAGCCAACAAGGUGUUCGUGAUGGAGGGCUAUCCGCUGCGCGAGGAGUUCAACCAGCUGCUGACCAAGGACUUCCUCUCGGCUGCGCAGAGCAUAAACUUUGCCCAAAGCGCCGAGGCAGCGGGCACCAUCAAUGCGUGGGUGGAGCAGCGUACCAAUAAUCUAAUCAAAGAUUUGAUGCCUGCCAGCGCACUGGACGCCAACUCUCGCCUCGUGCUGGUCAAUGCCAUUCACUUCAAGGGCACCUGGGAGCACAAGUUCCCGCAGCAUGCCACACAGCAGGAGCUGUUCCACUCGAGCGAGGGUCAGAGCACCAAGGUGCCAAUGAUGAACUUGAAGCAGAAAUUCCGCUACGCGGAGCUGCCCGAACUGGAUGCCGCUGCGCUGGAGCUGCCCUACGCGAACUCGGACCUGUCCAUGCUGAUUGUGCUGCCCAAUAGCCGGACUGGUUUGCCUGCGCUGGAGGAGAAGCUGCGCGGUACGCCGCUGUCGGUGAUCACACAGUCGCUGCAGACGACCGAGGUGGUGGUGAAGCUGCCCAAAUUCAAGGCAGAGUUCCAGGUGGAGCUGUCGGAGGUGUUCCAGCAGCUCGGCAUGUCCAAGUUGUUUGGCGACUCUGCGGAGUUCAACAAAAUGCUGCAGAGUCCCGAGCAGCUGAAGGUGUCAGUCAUCAUCCAUAAGGCCUUUAUCGAUGUGAAUGAGGAGGGCACCGAGGCAGCAGCAGCCACUGGCGCCGUGGUGCGUAUGAGGCGCUGCAUUGUCCCAUUAGUGGAACCCAUCGAGUUCCAUGCCGAUCAUCCAUUCAUCUAUGCUCUGCUCCAUCGUGCGGACUUGCCACUCUUCUGGGGCUCUGUGGUGCAGCUCGAGGGCGAGGCCGUAGCAGCGCACAACGAGUUAUGAUAGCGACUCUCUCUCUCUCUCACAGAGUAGCUUAGCUCUCGCUCAGUCAAUGUGAAAACAAUAAAGGCAGCUCGAAAUAUUUUGUACUAAAGUAA